AUGGCGAACGAGGCUUCCGGGCGAAGGAAAAUCCGGGAGGAUGUCGAGCUGACCCCACAAGUGACCAAUACAGAAGGCAAGAUUCUGCCAUUACCCGACCGGCCGAACAUCUUGGUCACGUCCGCCCUGCCCUACGUGAACAACGCGCCCCAUCUCGGCAACAUCAUUGGCUCGACACUCUCGGCCGAUGUGUUCGCACGAUACAGCAGAACCGGGCCGGUCGUCGCUCAAGUCUUGUAUAUCUGCGGGACGGACGAGUAUGGCACGACGACGGAGACCAAGGCGCUGGAGGAGGGCAUGUCCCCCAGCGAUUUGUGUGACAAGUACCAUCAGAUUCACAAAGACAGCUACCAGUGGUUUGAUAUUGGAUUCGAUCAUUUUGGUCGCACAACUACUCCCAAGCAAACAGAAAUUUGCCAGAAGAUCUUCACUGCGCUGUACGACAACGGCCAUCUUACCGAGCACGAAAUUGAACAGGUGUACUGCGAAAAAGAUGCCAGGUUCCUGGCUGAUCGUUUCGUUGAAGGCACAUGUCCCAAGUGUAAUUCUACUGGCGCACGAGGAGACCAGUGUGAUACAUGCUGUCAAACGCUAGAUGCGAUCGAGCUGAUCGACAAGAAAUGCAAGAUCUGCUCGUCGACGCCGAUCUCGAAGAAAUCCAAACACCUGUUUAUCGACUUACCGAAGCUCCAGAAGCAGAUCGAGGGCUGGUACAACUCUGCGAAGGACGGUCACCAUUGGUCAGCCAACGGGAAAGCCUUCACCGAGGCCUGGUUGAGAGACGGUCUGCGCGAACGAUGUCUGACUCGGGAUCUCAAAUGGGGCGUGCCUGUGCCGAUCACCGGUUGGGAAGACAAAGUGAUGUAUGUUUGGUUUGAUGCGCCCAUCGGUUAUCCAAGUAUCACAGCAAACUAUACCGAUGAUUGGGAGAAGUGGUGGAAGAAUCCCAAAGAGGUCACUCUGUACCAGUUCAUGGGAAAAGACAAUGUCCCCUUUCAUACCAUUCUAUUCCCAGCGUAUCUCAUGGGCACCGGCCAAGAAUGGACUAUGCUCAAUCACAUUAGUACAACCGAAUAUCUGCAAUACGAAAAUGUCAAGUUUUCGAAGUCGAACAACGUGGGGGUGUUUGGACAGAAUGCGAGGGAGACCCAAGUUCCAUCUGAAGUGUGGAGGUAUUUCCUCAUCUCGACUCGCCCGGAGACGAACGACUCGCAGUUCACCUGGACGGACUUUAUUGCGAAAGCGAAUUCAGAGCUCUUGAACAACCUUGGCAACUUUGUGAACCGGAUCGUCAAGUUCUGUAAUGCCCGAUACCAUUCCGUUGUUCCUGAUCCGCUCUCAUGGCCGGUCGUUGGCCCACCCACCCAAUCAGAAUCUAUGCCUAAAGAGGACGACUCAUCAUCCAGUGUUCCUGCUCAGAUUAUCGGCCGGGAGUGCUUCGAUGAAGAGGACCAAUCGUUCGUAGCGGACAUCAAUGCGUUACUUGCUCAGUAUAUCGAGUCCAUGGAGUCGCUCAAGCUCAGACAGGCGUUGGCGACAGUGAUGGCGAUAUCGGCGCGAGGGAACCAGUAUCUGCAGGAGAACAAGAUCGACUACAGUCUGCUACUGGCCUCACCCCGGCGCUGUGCGCAGAUCGUGCUCCUGAAUGCGCCGCCACGACGGCUCAGUCGCAGGUUCGGUCUCGACUUACUUCCCGGGCACACCAUCGGGGACGCCAUCUAUCUGUUCCGCAAGAUCGACCCCGACCGGGCCGUCUUCUGGCGCAAGCAGUACGGCGGCUCCAAGCCUCCGGGCGACGGCGGCGAGUCUGUGGCCGAGAGCAAGAAGGCCAAGAAGAAGGCCGCCCAUGCCGGCAAGGCUAGCAAGGCCGCCCCCGCUCCCGUCUUCUCGGGGCCCAAACCGCCCGAGAUGGUCCAGCUUGAGCAGGCCAUCCUCGCCCAAGGCGAGCGUGUGCGCCAGCUCAAGGCGGGCUCAGUCGAGGGCGACGUCGGCGCCGAGGUCUCCAGACUGCUCGGCUUGAAGAAAGACCUCGCCUCUCUCACCGAGCAACUUGCAAAAACCUCGCUGGCUCCUAGCUAG